AGGCAACUGCAGACUUGCCCAUCUACUGCGACCACCAUGGCCAGCCUGAUUGCCAUCCUAGACCUAAAGGGAAAGCCACUUAUCCAACGCUCGUACAAGGACGAUGUCUCACCAACUUGUAUCGAAAGAUUCUUACCACUCAUCCUGGAAAUAGAGGAAGAGGGUCAGCAGGUUACACCAUGUUUCUCCAGCCAGGGCAUCAAUUACAUGCAUAUCCGUCAUUCGAACCUUUAUUUGCUAGCGCUGUCGAAACGGAAUACAAAUGCAGCUGAAAUUAUCAUAUUCUUGCACCGGCUGACUCAAGUUCUUGUGGAAUACUUCAAGGAGUUGGAGGAAGAGUCGAUAAGAGACAACUUUGUGAUCAUAUAUGAACUCAUGGACGAGAUGAUGGACUUUGGAUAUCCACAAACGACUGAAAGUAAGAUAUUACAGGAAUACAUUACUCAGGAAUCACAUAAACUAGAAAUACAAGUCCGUCCUCCUAUGGCUGUAACGAACGCUGUGUCUUGGCGGACUGAGGGGAUCCGAUACCGAAAGAAUGAGGUUUUCUUGGAUGUCAUCGAGAGUGUAAACUUGUUGGUCAAUGCAAACGGAAAUGUCGUCCGCUCGGAGAUCCUUGGCGCUGUCAAGAUGAAAUGCUAUCUGUCAGGAAUGCCCGAGUUGCGUCUAGGACUCAACGACAAAGUGAUGUUUGAAAGCACAGGGCGAACAUCCCGUGGAAAAGCAAUUGAGAUGGAAGAUGUAAAAUUCCACCAAUGCGUGCGACUAUCUCGAUUCGAAAACGAUCGUACCAUAUCAUUCAUUCCACCUGAUGGCGAGUUCGAGCUGAUGUCGUAUAGACUUUCUACCACGGUGAAGCCACUAAUAUGGGUUGAGGCUGCUGUCGAAAGCCACAAAGGGAGCAGGGUGGAGUAUAUGGUCAAGUGUAAAGCCCAGUUCAAGCGGAGAAGUACUGCCAAUAAUGUGGAGAUAUAUGUUCCUGUGCCAGACGACGCUGAUAGUCCAAAGUUCAGGGCUUCAACGGGUAGCGUUCAGUAUGCUCCCGAUAAAUCUGCUUUCGUUUGGAAGAUUAAGCAAUUGGGUGGAGGCCGUGAGUAUCUAAUGCGCGCUCACUUUGGUUUGCCCAGUGUCAAAAAUGAACAAGACGUUGAAAAGCGAGCACCCAUCAGUGUAAAAUUCGAGAUCCCGUACUUUACAGUUUCUGGCAUUCAGGUGCGAUACCUCAAAAUUGUAGAAAAGAGUGGUUAUCAGGCGCUACCAUGGGUACGAUAUAUUACACAGAAUGGAGAUGAUUACAGCCUUCGUACAGCAUUAGAGAAAGGCAGCGCGCCCAUUGUACCUAUGUAACUGCACACUGUAUUGCUUAUGAUGUUUAAGUUGGCAGAUCAUCGAUCAUCAUCAGCGCAGCUAUUCUACGAGAAG